AUGCAGAACCCGGAGGCAUCCAGCCUUGAUAUCCUCGAGACUACUGAGAAUACUGACGACGUCUCCGGCGCUGUUAAGAAGAACGGUAACAGUAUCGACAAUGAUUCUCCUCCGGCAAAAAAGAAGAGCACCAGCAAAAAUCGCAUCCCUAUCAAGGAUAAACCUCAAUGGCCGAAAAAGGCCACAAGCACAUUUGUUACUCUCAAGGUUGUAAGUCGCCCUCCUUUCCGUCUCGCUGUCUUUGUCGAUGUCUGUGUCGGUGUCGAUGCGAGACCUGUCCUAACUACCACGGCUAGCCAACCUGUGGGCGAAGCUGCUGAACUUGGAAAGCAGCUCCAGAACUUUGCCCGCCACAUCGCGGACAGCCAAAGCGUGAGUUUGAGACCUUUCCCCCACGAUGUUUGGUACGCUGACUCUCUAAAGGCCGGUGACAGAGCUACGCAGGCCGAAUGGUUUCGGAGAGCCACGGCUACCAAGGCAUCUUUCACCGCGAUCCAAGAGAUGCCCAGUGUUGCUCCUGGUCAAGAAUCGCAGAGCGUUUCUGAGGAAUCCGAGCCUGCUCCUUCUAGCAACUCGCCUGCUUUUGAUGACAUUCAACCCGUUUCAAACAUUCCCCCGCAUCCCAUCCAGUCUGGGCAGCACCACAUGGCUUCUUCCCAGGGUAUGUCUGUUCCCGGAAGCUUUGCUGCUCCUCAGAAUCCCCCGGUCUUCCAAGACAUCCCAGCAGAUGGGUUCAUGGAUCCUCAGGGGCACCCUUUCCAGGACAUCUCUCAGGAUGGCCCUGGACCUUACAACAACCAGCCCCAGUGUCCGUUCCGCCGCCUCGAGUCAGCCUUGAAUCGAAUUGCCGCAGGUGUCGAAGCCAACAACAGUCUCAUGCAACAAAUCCUAGCUUCAGGUGACCGGAACAUCAACAACCCCAUCAAUUUCAACCGCUAG